AUGGCGUCCACACUACGACUGCCCGCGGGCACAUCUGCUCGCAUUGUCCCAUCGGGGACCUUUGUUUCCCCGCUCAGUGUGGCUGGUUUAUCCCACUGCCGAACCUUCGCCCAGACAUCCCAGCAAUUGGCCGGCGCGAGAGCAAUGAACUUCCGCCCUCCGAGCCAAGCGCAGCCUUCUUUUAAGACCAAAACUAAGGGCAUGAAGCCGAACGAGUUCCCAAACGACAUUGGCCUAAUGCCGGGUACCUUCAUCCGGCCGCUGUGGAGGGAUAUGCCGUCGAUCUUCCUGGCACCGCGCGAUAGAUGGCAUAUGGAAUGGACCUGGCUCAAGAGCUGGUUCGGAAACUACGCCAGUGUGCUCGCGUAUUGCAUAAAGGAUGCCAAGCUCCCUCUCGGAUUCCUCAAGCGGCGCAAGGCAGCCGCUGAAUAUCAGCAGAACAUGUAUAAAGCCUUUGCCGAAGGUGACAUCGCCCGCAUCCGCGCCAUCUGCUGUGACGGAAUCGCCAACAAACUCAUCAAAGAGAUUGAACGCCGUCCAAAAGACGAAAAAGUAACCUGGAAGCGACUCAAACUCCUCCGCAAACCCAGCACAAACUUCACCGGUAUCCGCGUCAUCUCAGACCGCGCAUCGACCAUUCCCGAUAUCCCGAAAUCCGGCGUCCGCCAGAUCGUCGUGCGUAUCACGAGCAGACAGUCUACGACAACGACCAAGAUCCAGAAGGCCGGCGCACAGGUGGAAGAAUCCGUUGUUCUGGCUAAGGAGCAGGACUGCGUCGAGCACGUUAUGCUUCAGCAUCUGCGCUGGAAUAACCAGGAUAAGGGCUGGAGAAUCUGGGGCACUGUCACCCCUACUAUGCUGGAAGAUGCUAAGAAUGACCCGCAUUUCAAGCCGGGAUUGGGGACCGCGGAGCGCAUAGAGAUGAUCAAGGAGUCCAUGAUGAAGAGAUAA